ACCUAAUAACAUAGUAGAAUCUAGACCCUACAUGUCAGCCAGGAUCUAGACACCACAUGUCAUCCGGCGUGCAAUACGAUGAUCCCGUCCCAGCCGACCAGCACCCGCAGAGAACUCCAGAGUCCAUCGAAGUAUCGAACCGACCUAGCCGCAGGCAACCGGAACCCAAGGCCGCCGCCGCACCGGAACCGACCGAACCCACCGAAGCCCUACGAGAAUGGUGGCGAUCUCGAUGUACCGCAGCAACCUCCACCUCAGCGGGUCCGACGCCGGCGCCCCGCGCCGCUGGGAGCUGCCCCGCCCGGCCCUCUCCGCGAAGCGGUUCCGCCGCCUCGUCCGCAACCGCUCCCUAGCCGUCGCGCGCCUCGCCGGGGCGCUGCCGCGUCCAGGUUCCCCGGGGUCCACGCGGCUGGACGGUGGUGAUGGCGCCGCGGAGCCCGCCGGGGAUGCGCCGGGGGUGGAGGCUGAGGAGGAGGAAGCGGGCCAGGAGGAGCAGCAGGACGAGGGGGAGGGGCAGCAGCUGCAGAAGCAUGAAGAGGGUGAGGUGGAGCAGGAGCAGCAGCAGGAGGAGGAGGGGGUUGUGGAGGACGCGGACAUGGACGAUGCGGGUGAGGUAGUCCUUGAAGGUGAUGGUAAUGGCGAUGCUGAAGAAGGGCAAGGAGAAAGCGAAGGCGUUGAUCCUAACCAGGAGGUGAGUUGUCCUGAUGGAAUCGACAAAAAGAAGGGAAGGUUGAAUGAAAAGCUGGACGUCCUAAAUAAGAAAAAGCAUGAUCUUGUGCAGAUGCUGAAGCAGGUUUUAAAUGCUGAAGAAGAAAUCCGAAGGCGUAGCAUUCUGGCUUCAUUGCGUGCUGCCAUGCCUCAGCCAUCAGAAAAUGCAGCUGAUGGAAGCUCUGUUUCUAGGCUGGUCCCCAGAAUGACUGUUGAUGUCAAUUUUAGUGACAUUGCUGGUGAUUCAGAUGCUGGUUCCAACCAGGGCACCCCUGGACGCCCCUUGCAUCACUUCCAAAGUCUCUCUCCUUCAACAGCCUCUUUCACUAGGUCACCGUUUGGUUCUCUGCAGCACAAUUCUGGUCACACUCCAAGGAGUCCGGCAACUUUCUCUACAGCAAGUCCAUCACGCUUUGCAGUUCGUGGACAUCAAGGACAUCCUCCUGGUCCAGUCUUAUUGCCAGGAAGCAACUAUGUAGCCUCAUCGCCAUCCCCUGCUGCAUCUGGUGGUUCUUCCACCGUAUUCAGGGAUUCUCGCCCACCCAACUCUAUGUAGUCCCCACAUUGUGUGAAAUUUGCUUGAGGCUCACAACGAGAUUACAACAUGAUCACCUUGUAUAGUUCAAAACUGGAUGUAGCCCUGUUCGGGUUGUUACUUAUCGACAAUCUCUUACUAGUCUCAA